GGGACAGGUGUAUUGCACCCUGAGACUUUAAGCUAAGUGUAUCUCAAAAACUGUAGCUGAGUAUAACCACUAGUGUUCUUAAAUAACAAACACGUUUUUGAAUGUGUUUUUCCUUAGCUGGUCUCUCUACUGAGAGACUCACUGCUUCAUAUUUAAAACCAAUGUGCACAUUUUUUAUGGAAAAUUUAUGGUUUGUUGAACUUGGCCUUCACUCAUAACAAUAAAGUUGCCAGAUUUGACUCUGAUUGUUGGAAUCAGUGUUUGUUAUCCAACUGUUAAUAAAAUAAACUGAUAAAUGGAAGUUUAAGACAGCAUUAGAAGUGAAACACCACAUUCAUAAAACUUCCCAGCUUGUUAUGAAAUGUGGACAGAAAUACUGAAGUGUAAAAUAUUCUUCAUAUGUAGAAAAUGUUUUCACACAGACGUGAUCCUGUUGCAGGAAGCAUUACAUCAGUAGGUGGAACGAGCCGCCCAAUCAGCUUGUUCUCUGAGGUGACUCAUAGCGUCCUGCUGCGUCCGCCUCGGGUCCAGAGAAAACCCAUCUGAUGCUCCAUGUUUGGUGUCAGAAGGAGGAUGUACAGACUGAGUCCUGACUGCUGGGUUCGUUCGCCCAGACCUUCUCGGUGUCUCCAUCCUCAGCCUCCAGGGAGUCUUGUUUCAGGUGUGCUGAGCCACCAAGAGGAAGAGGAGGAGGAGGAGAAGAGGGAGGAAGAAGCAGCAGAGUGCUCUGCUGUUUGUUGCCACACUGCAGGUUGUGAUGGCGUCAUCAGACAGGCUGCUGGUGCUCAGUGCUCCACCUCCAAACCUACCAUCCACACAGGGAGCCCCAGCGGCUCUGGCCUGACUGCUCGAGGUCCUGGUGCUCCUUCCUCACAGCAGCCAGAACCAGGGACAGACGCUGAGCGGCGAGACCCGUCACAGCAUCACGUUGGUGGUUGUUGCAGGGAGGGUCUGAAGAUGGAGAGCCAGGGAUGUGUUUGUCUUUACGGGCAGAGGGAACCAGAAUGUCUUGGUCCCUGCUGGCCCGGGCCUCCAUAUGUCUACUACGGAGUGAGGAGGAGCCUGGUGGUUGGUGUGGAGGUGGUGGAGGAGGUUGCUGUUGAAGACACUAUAGAGCUGAUACUGACAUGUCAUCAACUCAGUCACACACGUCUGGUUUCUUGUGUGUGUUUUGUGCCAUCAGAACAGAGGACAUAUAUACAGAUGAUCUGCUGAUGCAAGACGAACAGCUGUACCCCACAUGAGCCAUAAGUAACUUCACUGUGUUCUGCUCUGACUGUAUGCAAAUAUAUUACUCACGUAUAUGUCAAAUUUGUUAUUUAUUGAGCUUGUCACUAUUGUUGUGUGGGUGUUUAAAUUCACUGUCAACUGUGUUUAAUAAGAUCAGAACACAAAACAAUAAAACGUAUUACUUCUUA